AGAAGAAGAAGAGACUGACAGAGACAUGCAGAGGGUCAUGUUUGUGUGUUUUUCUGCUCUGCUCUGGACUUCAGUUCACAACAGGUUGUUCUGUAUCAGAGAAUGAAAGAUCAGCAGAUAUUCAGGGGAAUCUGUGUUUCUGUCCUGUUUUGUUAAUUGUAGUGCUUAUUAUAAACCAGAUUCACAGUUCAGAUGUAUUCACAGUUCAUGAAUACAGGACUGUAUUCAUGCUGGAGUAAUGAGAUUUAACACAAGAACUUCAGUCUCACCAUUAAAGGAUGCACACUAUCAGAGACCGAACAGGGACCGAAAACGAAGUACACGGGUGAUUCUGUGCUUCUGCGAAGACCCAAACACCAAACCUGAGGACUUCAGAUGGACCCGUGUAGAGUCCAGUUGCACUGAAGUGUCCAAUGAAACACCACGAUAUAAAGACAGAGUUCACACGUUUCACAAGACGACUCCAUCAAAUCUGUCUGUGUUGAUCUCCAGUCUGACUGAAGAAGACCAGGGCACUUACAGAUGCACAAUUAACAACAAAACAACCACUUACACCGAACUCAUCGUUAAAGGCUGUGUAUUAACUGAACACAACAACACCAAGAUCUCAUAUUUAGGAGAAUCAGUGAUCCUUCCCUGUUCCUGUGAAGAUCCCAAAACCAAACCAGAACGCUUUGAAUGGAAGCGAGCAGCUGUAAAUGAAAUGAUAGUUUCAGACACUUACAAGAUCAACGACCAAUUCCAGAUGAUCAGAGAUUCUCCUCAUCAUCUCUCCUUACGGAUCUCAAACCUGACGAAGACUGACGGAGGACUGUAUGUGUGUUCAGUCAAUGGGAAACAAUCCACACACGUGAAUCUCACUGUUACAGAUUUUGGAGAUGUCAGCAAACCAAUUUAUCUGAUUUAUCUGAUCUGUCUGAUGAUGCUGCUAGUGUUCGCAACGGCUGGAUGCAUCUACUGGAAAUGUACAAGAGCAAGGACAGAAAGGAAAGGAAGCCAACUGAUCCAGAGCUUAGACGAUGAGCAGGAUGAUACGUACACAUCUGUAGUCUACAGUCAAUCUUACAGACCAAAAAUCUCAACAGAUGAACACUGAAGAGGCGCCAUCUGCAGAAAGAUAAAACACAUUUUUAACACACACGUUUUAUUUUCUCUUCCUCUUAAUCAUUUCCUGUGUCUACACACAUAUAUUGUUUUUGUAGAGUGCACAGCAUAAAUGAGUACACAAUUAUUUUCUUAAUGCUCAAUAAUAUAAUUCAAGGACAGAUGGCAAAAUUGAAAUAUAUUUAACAUGUACUUAAUAAAAACAAUAAAUUAUAUGCCAAUAUGUUCUGUAAAAUAAGUAAACUAGCCAAUUAUGUUUAAAGGGGUCAUCGGAUGCUAAGUUCACUUUUUCAUGUUGUUUGAACAUUAAUGUGUGUUGGCAGUGUAUGUACAAAUCUACACUAUAAUGAUAAAAAUCCAUGCAGUGGUUUUUAAUUCAUUUGUAAAAAUAAUAUCCCCUUUUUCAAAUCGAGCCGUUCUCAGAUGCCUGUCGUGUGACGUAAUGAUAGUUGAUUGACAUGAGCGUCUUACCUCAGAUCAGUUGUAACAGUCUGACCUCUUUUGUUUUGAUGUCGGAGCAGGGAUGUAAAUUAUACAAGAAUAUCUCCGAUUGAGUGAUUGAGGUGUUGUGUUGCUGGAUGUAAUAAUGAACAUAGUGGUCGUCAUUUACUCCCGACAUCUGAGCCGCUGAAGAUGCAGUGGAUUAUGUUUGUUUGUGAAGGGAAUGCGCCUCCUGAUCUACACAUAUCCGUCUAUGUUCACGUGAAUCAUUAAUGAUCCAGCUUCACUUACAGCAGAAGUGAGUAUAAGGGUUUUUGUAUGAAUUUUUGUGAUCGUCUUUCCUAAUAAUGUGCUAGUUAGCAAGUUUAGCAGCUAAACGUGGCUAAAUGCGCGGCUUAAGUAAACAGGCUCAUCACUCCACAGAGAGAAGAGAGGGGCGGGGCGAGCAGAGCUCAUUAACAUUUAAAGCAGCCUCGACCAGAACAGGAUCAAUUUUGCCAAGCACAUUUUGGCAAGGUAAAAAGGGUGUUGUUUUACACAACCAUUGAGAAUUUUUAACCAAAGUAUAUUAUAGACUUUUCAUUAAGACCCUAAAGAAUCAUAUCAAGUUGUGGAAAAUGGACAUCCGAUGACCCCUUUAAGUUUCAGAGGGGGUGAACUCAUUUAUGCUGUGCACUGUUUAUUGUUUUUCUAUUAUGAUGACUCCCACUCACUUUUGCUGUAUAAUAAAUGAACGAUAUUUUCUAAUUCUUACUCUUAAUUGGUAAUCACUAACUUAUGAUGUCUUUAUGACAAUGUAAAUAGCAUGAACCUUUAGGCAUAAUUUAGUAAUGUUUA